AGUCAGCUGUCAGUGCGCUCGCUUGCUCGUGGCUCGCAUGUGCCGCGCGAACAAAUCGAUUCGCGAGAACCAGCGCUGUGCUUCAGAAAAGUUCGUGCUGAUUGGACGUGUACGGCGGAUACGCUCCGGAUUUUUCCACUCUCCCCCUGCAAAAGUUUUACAACACUAGCCAAACGAAAUGGGUGUUCCUGCCGGAGAUGUUGAGAAGGGCAAGAAGCUGUUUGUCCAGCGUUGCUCGCAGUGCCACACCGUCGAGGCCGGUGGCAAGCACAAGGUCGGCCCGAACCUGCACGGUCUGAUGGGCCGCAAGACUGGCCAGGCUGCCGGAUUCUCCUACACCGACGCCAACAAGGCCAAGGGAAUCACGUGGAACGAGGACACCCUGUUCGAGUACCUGGAAAACCCCAAGAAGUACAUCCCCGGAACCAAGAUGAUCUUCGCCGGUCUGAAGAAGCCCGGAGAGCGCGCCGAUCUGAUCGCGUACCUCAAGUCGGCCACCGCCUAAACCUGUGUUGCAGCAAACCAAACAAUAGCACUGCUCUAACAAUAACAACUACACAUCAACACACACACAGACACAAACACACAACAACUCCGAGAGUUUGAACCCUCGCCACCGACGACGAAACGCGAUGAAAUCCCAUUAGGACAAUUUUCUGUAGAAAAUAAUCUAAUUUUAAUUUUAUUUAUACAAUUAGAUUAAUGGAAAGUGAAAUUAAGCCAACCUACCAGCUCAGCAACAACCAAACUUAAACGAAAGGAAAUAAAAGUGAGAACAGAUCGUUGUUCGUUCACGCAAAACCUACGCAACACAGACAAACGAGUAGUAUUAUGAAAAACUGGGUGGAAAGAGCAGAAUGGGUGCCCUCUCUGAUGGGUAAGGAAUCGAUUACGUUUUUCGUUUUUAAUAUCGGAUUAGGUUUUUUCUUACGUUCACAAUCGCUUUCGACGUGCGCCGCCGUUUCGUAACGAGGAGACAACACUCGCGCAGAAAUUAAAAAAAAAAACCUGUAAAAUUUUAUCCUAAAUUCGGUGCAAAAUUGAAACGGACUUUCAUUCGUGCCGGAAGAAUAAAACGCGUUGGACCGGAUGUUACGGUUCUUCUGGA